AUGGCAGACGCGCCCUUGAUAAACCCGAUCUCGUCAAUUGCGCGCGUGGUUCGCACAAUGGCUGACUAUCCCAGUGCAAAAGGUGCAGGGUGCCAGGAGCAAAAUGCCGAAUGUGUUUAUGUUCGUCAGGUGCCCAGAAAGCCCGUCACGACUACUGGGGACCGUGUAGGAUCAAUUGAGGCGACCUUGGACACGAUUCUACGACGGCUGGAUCGAAUUGAACAAAAUUGCCGUUGCCAGAGCCUUCGAAGGCAAUUAGAUGACUCGCCUGGGUUUGAUGCUUCGCCCGAAGACGCAUUUCAGAAUCAAUCCGACUCGGACAUUGAUAUUGACGCGGGUAAUGGUGUCGAAUCGCAUCGUCCAUUUCCAGUCAUACCUUUGACCUCUGUGUCUGGCAAUAACGUUGUCUCUGAGCACUUAGAAUCACCAUCUACGACACCAGAUCCAAACUCGCCGUUACCCGUCCUUCGGUAUGCCGUUGAAGAAGUCCAACGACGUGUAGCUAAACGCCAUAAUUCUCCCAGUGCAAAUACGGAAGAGCCCAUCGAGCCGGCACUAGCAAAGUCGUGGGUACAGAGUUACUUCGCUCACUUAUCAGAAGAUCUUUCCCCAGCCUUGUUAAAUGUUCAGCUUAUACACCUCAUGCCUGACAUCAUCGGGCUGCCCAAUGUCCAUCUCGAUGCAGCCAUUAUCGUGGUUUAUUAUUGCAUUUUAUACCAUGGCUGCUUUCUCGGUCGCCAGUCCACAUCGGUUUCUGAUAACGCAAAAACCAUGAGCAAACUCUAUCAUCGUUGUCUUGAUGCUGCUUCAGCCUGGGAGCCACAAGCAACCGGGACCAACAUGGACUUUAUCGCCGCCUUCUUCAUGGAUAGUUCUGUACUCAAUGCAGGUCGAAAAGGCUUCUGGGAGCUGGUCACCAUGGAUGUGUAUUUCCGUCUGAUUCACAACAAGCCACCGGCGAUAAUGGCUUGCCGACCAGAUGCCAAGGUCAACCUCCCAUGGCUCGCUGGGCCUGGAUCUCAGGUAGAAGAGACGACAACAACGAUCCGGUUCUUGAUCGAUUCCCGACGGACCUUCAUUCUCAUGGACUUUUUCCAGUUACUGGAGGAUUCUGAAGCUCGACCUGACCCAGAUCUUGUUUCCAAAACCGGGGCGCUUUGCCGCGACAUUGAGGGAUUGUAUGAACAAUGGGAAAUUAAUGACUGGGUCAGGAAAAUGAUAGACUCUGACGGUCAGCUAUGGACAAUUGCUGGCGUUGCAUUGGAAGGAUACACUUGUAUCAUCUUCAUGCUCCGUCGCGCUAUCAGUGUCCAUUCUGGCAUUCCCGGGAACCAGGAACUUGGUCCUGAGGUUAUCAAUCACCCAUUGGUGCUCAAAGCGUCCCGGCAUAUCCUUGAGGUAGUAGCCCUUCUGCUGUCGGCUAUUCCCUCUAUGGGGACUGUUGCUGUCACGUUUGUUGUCCUCCAAGCGCACAUACCACUUGCAUGUUUAGCUACUUACCUGCUGCAUCCUGUGGGAUCUCGGGAUUGUGAAGCAGACAUCGUCUUGCUUGAAAAUGUGAUCGAGGGGACGAAGAGAAUAUCAAGGGAUAUAGAGGAACUGGUGCCCCUGACGGCGGCUAUGGAGGAACUGAAGACCAAAGUGAGAAGUACAGUUGGUGAUAAUGUGGCGAAAUGA